CUUUCAAUGGCCACAGUCUACUGAUUUGUACACUUGCACAUCCCAUGUUUGGUAAUUACAGAUCAAAGGAUUACAGCUGGUAAAUUAGACUUAUUACAGACCCAAACAUGGAAGACACAGACCUCUACAAAGCUAUUCAGGCAGAUGACCUGGAAGCAGUCAAAGAAGCCCUGGAGAUUGAGGAGGACCUAGACAAACAAGACAGCGAGGGACAUUCCUUCUUGCAUGUAGCCGUCAAUGUCAAGGCCAGCCUGGACAUCUUCAAAGCGCUGCUGGAGAAGGUGAACAUCGGUGUGAGAGAUGUCAACGGACAGACCGUGCUGGACCUGGUCGUCGCACAGUCGUACUCAGAGGAGGCAGUGGAGGCAAUCAAGAAGUCCAUCGUAAAGUUAGCGGAGGAUGACAACACCGAGAAGUUGUUGAUGCUGCUGAUGGGUGGAUGGAAUGUUUGGCCAAUCACGGUGGAGGAGGCAAAACAGUGGUCUGAAGAUGUCCAGGAAUUUGUUGAAAAACUAGAGCCCGUACAGUUUAAAAUUGCGAGGAUUCACCAAGCUAUUGAGGAGGGACGUCUGAGAGAUGUUAAAUGCCUCUUGGACAGAAAACUGUUGGUUACUGCCGCCGACCAGACUGGCUUGAAUGCUCUACAAAAAGCUGUGGUUUUCCAGCAGACAGACAUCGUAAAGUUCAUUCUCGGAGAGUUUCCUAGUGCAGUCAACCUUACCGGCAUUAUGGGGCGAACGGGUCUUCACUAUGCAGCAGGGUGUGAGGAUGAUGGCAAUCUCUAUCAGCUUCUUAUAGAGGCUAAUGCCGAUGAGAACAUCACGGAUGUGUUAGGAAAGAGUCCAAGAGAUUACCUUCAAAACCCAGAAGAACUGUCUCUUUCAAAAAUAAAGGAAACUGUUUUGGAGGUAGUGGACAAAACUAGACCCAAGGAACUGCAGAGCAAAACAUCAGUGAUUCCAGAAACUGCUGUACCAGCUCCAUCACAGACCAGUCAAACUGAAAGUGAGCAAACAGUAACACCACCUCCCUCUAGGAAGCCAGUGAGCAUGUACAUUUCCACUGAUAUUUACUGGAAAAGAAACAUUUCACCACCAAACACUAUUGAUGGAAAAUAUGUAGCAAGGAAUCUUGGAACGGCACUGACAAUGGCUCUGGCAGAAAUAGCAGAACGCAGGCCAUGGGAUCCGAUAGAGUAUCUUGCUCAGUGGCUUUACAAAUACAGAGAAAACAUAGAUUAUAAUAAAAGGCAAGAAGAUCUUCUGGAAGAAAUCCGCCGCGAUGAACAAGAACUGGAGGAAGAGGAGAAAAGGAUAUUCCGCAGAAAACAAGAACAGAAACGGAUUGAGGCAAUCGAGUCUGAGAAAAGAAGACAUAAGGAGGAGGCAGAACGGAAACAAAGGGAAUAUGAAGAAUUACAGGAAAAAAUCAAAGAGGAUGCCCGGGCCAGGGUUCAAAGUGAGAAGGAGAAAGAGGAAAGAAGUAUGUACAAGGAAAGAGAUGAGAGUGGGCAGACAGAACUUCACAGGCUUGCAUCACAACCAGGAGCUGAUCUUGUGGCACUAAUUGACAUGAACUACAGUCUGGCUGACAGAGAUUGUUUCAACAAGACACCUCGUGACAUCGCCAUGGACAGCAAUAUGUUAGAGAAUGUAGAAAUUAUCGACUCUUACAUCGGCAACAUGAUUGAGCAGGAGAAGACGGAGCAGCUACAGCAGCUGCUGCUGGAUGGGUAUGGCUAUGACCGACUGAAGGCAAUCCUCGACACAGUGAGCACCGAGGGCCUUCCAGAGGUGGUCACAGAAUUCAUCGCCACACUGCCAGACUUACAGGAAAAAAUAACGACAUUAUUUCAUUCUGUGGAGAGUGGGGUACUGCGAGAUGUAGCUCAGUCCUUAUCCCGGAGGAAACUAGCGCUAGCCAAGGAUAUCUACGGCCGAUCACCACUACACAUGGCAGUAUUAUUAGAGCAUAAGGACAUUGCUGAAUUCAUAGUCAAGAACGUUCCAAUCACCGUCAAGUGCAGAGACAAUAUGAAUCGCACACCACUGCAUUAUGCAAUGGCACUCUCGGCUGAAGUUGCAGAAUUUCUCCAGAGUAAUGGGGCAGACCCAGAAGCUCAGGAUGUGAAAAAAAGAUUGCCUUCACAUUACAAAGAGGACAAGUAUGAAAUUAUCCAGCUCAAAGAGACCCUAAAAUCGGAGGACACAACAGACGAAAACGCGCCUCUCUCAUCCAGCCAGACGGACCCCAGUGCGGACGAAGCGCCAGCCGAAGCACCAACCGAAGCCGAUGAUGGCACCACCCCAGAAGAAGCAGUAACAGCAGCCGAUGACAUACUGGAGUAGAUUAAACCCAUACAUGCAGGACCAUGUAGAAACAGUGUGGUGCCCACAUACGACCAAUACAGUUGCCACAGGGCAGUUUGUGAAGAACAACUCUCCAUGUGCCAACAAAAUCAUUAGAGCUAUAUAUUGACAAAUUAAAAUUAAAAAAUAUAUAUAUUGUUAUAUUUUUUUACAUUAUUUUCUUCCUAGUGUAACAAGUAAAAUACUGUAAUAUUUGUAUUCUACCUCUUUUAAAAAAAAAAAAAAAUCCCAGUAUCUUUAAGCCAAAAAGAAUUCUAAUGUCAUUAAGCAAAAAAAAUUCCUAAUGUCAUUAAACCCAAAAAGUUCUUAAUGUCAUUAAGCCAAAAAAAAAGCUGAAUAUUAUUCAGCCAAAAACAUUGUAUUAUCUUUAAGCCAAAAUGUGAGAACCUGCCAGACAAGCCAAACUCUAGGUAUGAUAUGUCAAAUACAGCUACAGUAUGUGGAUCCUAUCGACCUCGUAAUGAUUACGCGACUCAAUACCUUUGGAACUGUGCUCAAUAAACGAAAUGUUCCAGCUUCCAAAAAUAAUAUUACUUAUAGUCUCAUUCUGACUCGUUUACUUUCACAGUUUCGAAACAUUACCUAGCAGACAUUUGAAAUGCUGAACUUUCAAUUGUAUAUUCCAACUCUUUAGACAAAUGCCAUUAUCCUUAAAGCCAUAGGGCCGAAUUUACAAACCCAGUUUUUUUUAAACGCAGGUGUUUAAGCAUUUUACAUACCAGGGAACAUUUGGUUUUCAAAAUCUUUCUUUUUUUAUUACCAACUAAUGUGUAAUGUUUUAAAAUUGUGUAGCGAUAUCUGAAACUUGUAUCGCAAAUCCCGACGCGAUACUGAACAAAAUGUUUCCUGAAUGAAUGUAGUUAGAUGUCACGUGUGUAAGUUCAAAACAGGCUUUGUAAAUUCGGCUCAAAAUGUUUGACACCCGGGCAGCCCUAAAUACAAAAUAUUACAUAUAUAUGCAAUAUAACAUGUUAAAUGGUAUUAUUAAGUUUUUGGUUUAACAUUGCAGCGGUGUGUACAUGUACAUGUACGUAUAUUUAAACCCAUACAUACGAGAUUCAUAUUGGAAUAAAUUGGUUGUGCUGCGAAAAUCACAAUAUUUUCCAUUUAUUCAUUCAUGCCAUAAUUUAUGUGUACUGUGUAGUUGGGUAAGCAGCCAUCUACAUGUAAUAUAAAAAAGUAUAUCUAUUUAACAUUAUAGUUCUCAAUUUAUAGUGAGAAAUGGGAAAAAGAACAGAGUUGUAGAAAUAGAGCUGAAAACAAAAUGAAUUUCUGCAAUUUUUAGGAGUUGGUCGGGUUUCAGCAAGCAAUUUUCUCAAAACUUAAUGCUGAGGUGAAAAGUUCUAUUAGUAUUAACUGUUAAAGUUAUUAAAAUUGUUCCAAAAUUAUUUCUUUAUUUUAUUUGUUUCCUAUUUUGAAGUUUUCUUGUUAAAUUAUAUUGUUUUCAAAAGUAAUGUUAUUGUUAGUCUACUCCUUUUAAUUUGUUUGCAAUAGUUAAAUAGAAUCUAUACAUUUCAAAAACAGAACAAUCCCAACAACUAGCAAAUAAAACUGGUCUCAUUUUGCUCAGGAGACAUAUUUUUCAAUAACUACAGACAAAAUACAUGUUCACAUUUAAGUGAAUAUGCUAAAACAAACAAGAAGCAAAUCUCAAUAAUAAAAUGCAACUUAAAUUUCUCCAGGCAUGACAAACACAUACAGCCUAAACCGGGAACUUUAUUCUUUCACAAAUGUUUUGUUUUUCCUUGAAAAUAUGAAAAUAAUGUUUUUUUAAAUGUUUUCUUUGAUUAUAGUUUAGUUACUGCUUUAUUCAUAAUUGCCAACUUUUGCACAGCUUCAUCUGCCAUAUUUAUCAAGUUCAGUUAUUAAACCACAACGAUUUCACAAUUUUUAUUUGCAUGCAUUGGAAAUAUAUCCGCUUGUUACUGUAUAGUUAUGUACACUUGUUUAGAUGAAGGAUCAUAAGUUUAUGUAGUACAAUGUUUAUUUAUAUUUAUUACUGUAUGUUCCAAGAUUAAAAGAAGUAAAACAUU